CGUCCAUGUUCCGAAUGUGGUGUGACUUAUUUUUGUUUUGUGUUAAUUUUCAAUACAGUAAUUUAUAUGUGAAAUGUAACAGCAUGUGUAAUCCCAUAUAGUGGAACCUUGCUCCGGCUGAAUGGAUCCCGCCGUCGCGUGGUAUCAGCCCGAGCAGGAAGGACCCGCGAAGCGCCUGUGGCUUCGUAUCUGGGAAACUCAAAGUGAAAUAGACAAAAUGAACCUAAAAAACUUAGAAAAUGCUAAUCCUAAUGUGAAUAAAGCUCAAGACUUUAUACCAAUACACGAUGUGAACGGUGAAAGUAGGAACAAUAAUUAUUUCCACCCCGCGCGGAGGAAAAUAAACGAUAACCGCGCAUCAACUUUUAACCUGAAUAAAAACCACGAUGCUCUAAUAGGUGAAUACGGAGGGUGUCCGUGGAGGAUACCCAAUUACCCUUACAAGCCUGGGAUUCUCGGGCUUCACGAGGAGAUCGAGCACUUCUACAUGUACAUGUCGCCGACGGAGACCGAGCACCUGGUGCGGUCGACGGUGGUGAACCGCAUCCGGAGCGCCAUCCUGGCGCUGUGGCCGCAGGCGCGCGUCGAGGUGUUCGGCUCCUUCCGCACGGGGCUCUACCUGCCCACCAGCGACAUCGACCUGGUGGUCAUCGGGCAAUGGGAGAAGCUGCCCCUGUGGACCCUGGAGCGGGAGCUUGUUGUUCAGGACAUUGCCGAGAAGGAGAGCAUCAAGGUGUUGGAGAAAGCCACCGUGCCCAUCGUCAAGAUGACCGACAAAUACUCGGACGUCAAGGUGGACAUAUCGUUCAAUAUGAGCAGCGGGGUCAAGAGUGCUGAGCUUAUCAAGCAAUAUAAGGACAAAUACCCUGUGCUGUCCCGACUGGUGAUGGUCCUGAAGCAAUUCCUGCUCCAGCGGGACCUCAACGAGGUGUUCACGGGAGGCAUCUCCUCCUACUCGCUGAUCCUCAUGUGCAUCAGCUUCCUGCAACUCCACCCCAGGCCGGAGCGUCUCAGGCAACCCCACAAUUUGGGCGUCCUGCUUAUAGAGUUCUUUGAGCUGUAUGGAAGGAAGUUCAACUAUGUGAAGACAGCUAUCAGAGUGAAGAACGGCGGCUGCUAUGUCUCCAAAGAUGAGAUGCAGAAGGAGAUGAACGACGGUCACCGGCCGUCGCUGCUGUGCAUCGAAGACCCACUCACGCCCGGCAACGACAUCGGCCGCUCCAGCUACGGCGCCAUACAAGUCAAGCAGGCGUUCGACUACGGCUACAUAAUCGUGCAGCAAGCGGUGGGCGGGCACAGCGCGCUGCUGGCGCGGCACAGCGUGCUGGGCCGCAUCGUGCGCGUCACGGACCACGUGCUGCAGUACCGGCGCUGGGUGCGCGACACCUUCGAGCCCUUCUUCUUCCCGCACCGCGCGCGCCUGUCCAGCCCCGAGCGCGCCGACCACGAGCGCGAGCGGUCCGACAGCGAGCCCCGCGCCGCCGCGUGCUCGGGCGCGUCGUGCGCGACACCUUCGAGCCCUUCUUCUUCCCGCACCGCGCGCGCCUGUCCAGCCCCGAGCGCGCCGACCACGAGCGCGAGCGGUCCGACAGCGAGCCCGUGA